UGUGGAGAGAUUUUCAUAUGCUGUCUUGAUGGAAUAUGUGAAAGAAGAUUGUUCUUUUGAAGAAAUUGGAGGUGUUUAUGUUCCCAAUGCCAACAAAUUAGGAUGGAAGUUGCUCACAAAUGACAAUGAUGUUAUAAAUUAUGUGCUUGCGCAUGAAAAAGAUGAUGUUAUUGAUUUUUGGAUCGACAAUGUAGCUGAUGAGGAAAUCCCUCCAAUGGAUCAGAAUCAACCACAUGUUAUUGUAAGGCCAAGAAAGUGCGUCUUAACAGGAUCAAAUAAUCCACCAAAGAGAAAUGUUUUCAUGCUAAAGUCUGCUCAAGAACAUCAUGAAAAAGCAAAAGAAAAAAAAUGCAUCGCAGAAAAGAGCAAAAUGAAGGCAAAUGACAAGUUGGGUGUCAAACAUGUUGGUGGACGCGAUUCACAUUUUGGUAAGGAUGAUAUGAGUCCAUUGAAGGCAAGAUCAUAUGAACAGAUCAGGUCGGAAAACAUUGAAGCUAACAAUGAACGCUUGACUGCACUUGGGUUGAGUAAGUUAUCUGUAGAAUUGGAUUCUCGUGGUCCAGAGAAGAAAAGGAAAAGAAAACUAGGGAGUCUAGAAGAAGGCCAUCAGAAAACGAAGGCCUUGGUGGAAAAGACCAAGGAAACAUCUCGGCCAAAAACACGCUCCAGAUCCAAUGUGCAUCAACUGUUUGAUGAAAAUGAAUGUGUAGUACCAACUUCUAAACAGAUCAUUACUGAACUAGUGAAGAAGUGCACUCGUAAAGAGCCCUUAAAAGACCAUAAUGAAUUAAGAAAUGGAGAUAUAGGAUCUAUGUCUGCAUAUCUAGCUUUGAAGAAGAAAAGGCAAAUGAUUGAAGUCAGAAAUGAGGGAGAUUCAAUCGAGAUGCAGGAUGCAGUGGUUCAACAUGACAAUGCUGAAAUGGAACAAGAAGCACCUAAGAAAAGUACUCAUGAAAAUCAGCGAGAGAAAAAAUGUAGAGGACCAACGAGAAUGUUUUCUGUUCAUACAAGAUAUGAAGAAGAAAAGAAAGUGAUUGACUUGAAUGAGUUCGAUCAACCGGUGGCAAAUGAUGAUAAGACAAUUUCAGAAUUCAGUAAUUUCUUGGGAACUUUAGCAAGACAAUGUGUGCCUCUUUGUUGUGUCAAUUGGCAUGCAUAUCCUCAUAAAGAAGCCUUGUGGACAUAUGUCCAGGAAAAAUACACAAUAUCUGGUGAGGGAAAAACUUGGGUAUUGAAGACCAUUAAUGAUACAUGGAGGUGUUACAAAGCUCGGAUUUAAAAGAAUUAUUAUAAAAAGUUCUCUACUAAUGGCGAGAGAAUGAAAAAUAGGCCUCAGGAGAUACCCAUUGAUGAAUUUGAGUUGGUCGUGCAAUACUGGGGACGCAAAGAGGUUCAGGACAAAGCUGAGAAAAACACUUCCAAUCGAAAGAAAGUAAAGGAUACACGCACUGUUGGACCACGCAGUUUUGCCCAAGUUCGCGAAAAAAUGAAAUCUAAAAAAGCGAACAAGGAGAAACUAAGUAAGGCAGAAGUGUUCAUCGAAACACGUAAGAGAAAGGCUGGUCGUCGGUACGCUUCAUUGAACGAUGUGACAGAAUACAAAAUUUCCCAGCUUGAAGAACUCAUUUCAUCCGGGACGGAAAAAAAUGAGAUGGUUGAGCAACUUAUUGGAGACAUAUCGCAUGGACCAAAUUAUCUUAUAGGCAGGCGUGGGAGAUCAAAGAAACGGAAGGAAUCGCCUCCUAACAUUUCAAAACUAAAAGAUGAAAUGGUUGAUGAAAUGAAUAAGAAAAUUCAGCAUUGCUUAGCUUUUGCUAUAACUAAAUUGGCAGCAGACAAUCCAAAAUUGAAAGUCAAUGUUGAGGAGCUUUUUGUUGCAAUGCCAUUUGAUGUUUCCAGUGAUCAACUUCAAGAUGAUUCCAAUUCUUCUGAUUCUAAUGAGGCUGAAACAUCUAAGGGAGAUUAAAGAUUUAAAUAUGAUCAAGGUGCUCAUGGUAUUUGCUUUUUGUUCCUAAGUAGUUAUGGAGCCUAAUUCCCAUUUUGGAUGCAAGAACGUGAAGAAGUGUUUUGCUUUUAAACUUAUGAUGUUUUUGAAAUUUUUGGGUUGUAAUUGCUGUGAUAAGUAUGAAUGUAUGAAUCAUACUUUAAUCAAUUAAAUAUAUUAAAUUCAUAAGUACUACUUUUUCAUAUCAUAUUUUUUUGAGUUCUUGUUUGCUAAACUGGAAAUGUAUGCUCUAAAU